AUGGACUGUGAGUCCAUCCCGGAGAAAUCAGUCCUGGUUGGUGAUGCCCAGCGGCCACCGAGGCCUCACUGCAAACAGCGUUGCUGCUGGUGGGCCACCUGGGGAGGAAGUGGCCACAAUAGCCACCAGAAUCCCCUCCAAUUCCCCCAGUGCACAUUUAGAUCUCCACGGGGCAUCUUUGGCCCACAAAGGGGCUCUAGGAUGGAGAGGACAACCUCCGGGGCCCCGGGCCUGGGAGCUGUAGCCGAGCGGUCCCGCCUGACCCUGGUGGGGUCAUCUGAGUCCGGCGCCCCGAGCGGCUCCAGCACGGCGCCGCCGGGCUGGGUGGGUGCCCCAGAGAGCAGGCGGCUGCGCGACUGGGGAGAAAGGCCGGAGUUGCACCCUGAAAGCGCCUCCGUCCCCACCCCUCCCGGCCCGCCGCGCCCCAGGGGCUCCACAAAGUUGCUGCAAGUCGCCGAGGCUGCAGCUGCAGGUGAGGGUGAGAAGAGGCCGCGCGGCGGGUGGGAGCGCGGUCACGGCCUGGGGUGCCGAGCGCGCCCCUUCCCAGCCCCGAGCGUGCACGCCCCCCACGGACGCGCACCCAGCACCCCACCCCCGCCGCUGCCCCCGAGGCUCCCGCCCAAUCAGAGGCCGCGCACACCGCGCCGCCUGCGGGCAGACACACCGGUUCCCUCGCCUGCGCCCCUGCGGUCCUGGCCCCGCCGCAGCGUCCCGGCCCGGCCACACUCACCGUCUUGGGCGCGCAGUCCGCGCGUGGCUCCGCUCCGGAUCCCCUGCCACGCCGGCCGGAGCUUUCGGAGCGCCACCCUGGGCCCCUCCUGGACCCGCCGGCCUCAGGUGCCCCGCUGCUCCCCGUGGGGACCCGGCGGGCGGCCCGGCUCCCGCACCCUGCCUAGCCGGGCCGCGGCCGCGCUCCCAGCCCGAACCCGGGCCCAGGUGCCGACUCGGGCUCCCCGCACUAAGCGCCGGCCCCCUCCACUGCGCCGCCGUCCUUCUCUCCCCCUCUUCCAGCCCGGCCUCUCCGGCGCCUCCCUGCCUUCUCCCACCGGCCCAGCCCGGUCCUCGUUCUCCCCGCUGCUCUCCCGGGUGCCGCCCGCCGCUCGUGGGGCCCAGGGUUCGAGCGCGCAGGAUAGCGCACUCGGCUCGACCGGCCCCACCCGGGGGCGCCGGGGAGGGGGCAUCGCCGCGCGGGAACAGUCCGGGGCGGUGGCGCAGCAGGGGCCGUGCGGGCGACGCCCUGUCCGCCGCCGUGGAGCCCGGCCCUCGGGGCUGGAGGGAAUGGUUCCCCACCCAGCAUGCUCCGAUUACCAGGGUGACCUGAGCAGCUGUGAAUCUCCUCAUCAGCUGAGCCCCCAGGUGGUCACAGGAGAGGCGGCUGUGGCCGGCCCCCCCUCCGCCUCCCGCAGCCCUGCUGGCCCUGGGCCACUCUGGCCCCUGUCAUGGGAACCGAGGAACCAUGAGGGUGCGCCAGCAUGGACCCCUUUCUUCAACCCACCGGUACCUCUUUGUGGCACCUCACCUCCUCCAGGCAAGCAUCUGAGCCUGGACCACAGCUCCCUCUCUCACACAGCUUCCUUCUUCGGUGAGAACCACCUGGAGGUGCCUGUGGCCACAGCUCUGACCGACAUAGACCUACAGCUGCAGUUCUCCACGUCCCAGCCCGAAGCCCUCCUUCUCCUGGCAGCAGGCCCAGCUGACCACCUCCUGCUGCAGCUCUACUCUGGACGCCUGCAGGUCAGAUUUGUCCUGAGCCAGGAGGAGCUGAAGCUGCAGACCCCAGCAGAGAAGCUGCUGAGUGACUCCUUUGCCCAUACUAUGGUGCUGAGUGUCCUAGAGGGCUGGGCCACAUUGUCAGUUGAUGGAUUUCUGAACGCCUCCUGUACAGUCCCAGGAAACCCCAUAGAGGUCCCCUAUGGGCUCUUUGUUGGGGGUACUGGGAGCCUUGGCCUGCCCUACCUGAGGGGAAGCAGCCGACCCCUGAGGGGUUGCCUCCAUGCAGCCACCCUCAAUGACUGCAGCCUCCUCAGAGUGCAGGUGCUGUUCAGCGUGACCCGAGGGGCACGUGACGGUGAGCUCAACCCGGGUGCCCAGGCACAAAAAAUGUUCACCCUUCUGGACGUGGUGAACCGCAAGGCCCGCUUCAUCCACGAUGGCUCUGAGGACACCUCCGACCAGCUGGUGCUGGAGGUGUCAGUGACGGCUCGGGUGCCUCUGCCUUCAUGCCUGCGGAGGGGCCAAACUGACCUCCUGCCCAUCCAGGUCAACCCUGUCAAUGACCCUCCCCGCAUCGUCUUCCCACAUGGCAGCUUCAUGGUGAUCCUGGAACACACACAGAAGCCACUGGGGCCCGAGGUUUUCCAGGCCUAUGACCCAGACUCUGCCUGUGAGGGCCUCACCUUCCAGUUCCUCGGCACCCCCUCUGGCCUCCCUGUGCAGCGCCGAGACCAGCCUGGGGAGCCAGCAACCGAGUUCUCCUGCCAGGAGUUGAAGGCCGGCAGCCUAGUCUGUGUCCACCGCGGUGGCCCUGCACAGGACUUGACAUUCCGGGUCAGCGAUGGACUGCAGGCCAGCCCCCCGGCCACGCUGAAGGUGGUGGCUGUCCGGCUGGCCAUACAGAUCCACCGCAGCAAGGCCCAAGGCCCUGCCAUGCCCAUCUUGCCCGCCAACCUGUCGGUGGAGACCAAUGCCGUGGGGCAGGAUGUGAGCGUGCUGUUUCGCGUCACCAGAGCCCUGCAGUUUGGGGAGCUGCAGAAGCAGGGGGCAGGUGGGGUGGAGGGUGCUGAGUGGUGGGCUACACAGGCGUUCCACCAGCGGGAUGUGGAGCAGGGCCGCAUGAGGUACCUGAGCACCGACCCACAGCACCACACAGAGGACACCGUGGAGAACCUGGCCCUGGAGGUGCAGGUGGGCCAGGAGAUCCUGAGCAAUCUGUCCUUCCCAGUGACCAUCCAGAGAGCCACCGUGUGGAUGCUGCAGCUGGAGCCACUGCACACUCAGAACACCCAGCAGGAGACCCUCACCACAGCCCACCUGGAGGCCACCCUGGAGGAGGCAGGCCCAAGCCCCCCAGCCUUCCACUGUGAGGUGGUUCAGGCUCCCAGGAAAGGCAACCUUCAACUUCAGGGCACGAGGCUGUCAGACGGUCAGGGCUUCACCCAGGAUGACAUACAGGCUGGCCGGGUGACCUAUGGGGCCACGGCACAUGCCUCGGAGGCAGUCGAGGACACCUUCCGUUUCCGUGUCAGAGCUCCGCCAUAUUUCUCCCCACUCUAUACCUUCCCCAUCCACAUUGGUGGUGACCCAGAUGCGCCCGUCCUCACCAAUGUCCUCCUCGUGGUGCCUGAGGGUGGUGAGGGUGUCCUCUCUGCUGACCACCUCUUUGUCAAGAGUCUCAAUAGUGCCAGCUACCUCUAUGAGGUCAUGGAGUGGCCCCGCCAUGGGAGGUUGGCUUGGCGUGGGACACGGGACAAGACCACUAUGGUGACAUCCUUCACCAAUGAAGACCUGUUGCGUGGCCGGCUGGUCUACCAGCAUGAUGACUCCGAGACCACAGAAGAUGAUAUCCCAUUUGUUGCUACCCACCAGGGUGAGAGCAGUGGUGACAUGGCCUGGGAGGAGGUACGGGGAGUCUUCCGGGUGGCCAUCCAACCCGUGAAUGACCACGCCCCUGUGCAGACCAUCAGCCGCGUCUUCCAUGUGGCCCGGGGUGGGCGGCGGCUGCUGACUACAGACGACGUGGCCUUAGACUCGGGCUUUGCUGACGCCCAGCUGGUGCUGACACUCAAGGACCUCCUCUUUGGCAGUACCGUGGCCGUGGAUGAGCCCAUGCGGCCCAUCUACCACUUCACCCAGGAGGCCUCAGAAAGAGGCGAGUCCUGUUCAUGCGCUUGGGCUGAUCAUGGCUGGAUCUAGCUGCAGGUGUCCGAUGGGCAACACCAGACCACUGCGCUGCUGGAGGUGCAGGCCUCGGAGCCCUACCUCCUUGUGGCCAACGGCUCUGGUCUUGUGGUCCCUCAAGGAGGUCAGGGCACCAUUGACACAGCUGAGCCCCACCUGGACACCAACCUUGACAUCUGCAGUGGGGAUGAGGUGCACUACCAUGUCACAGCCGGCCCUCGCUGGGGGCAGUUGCUCUGGGCCACUCAGCCAGCCACAGCCUUCUCCCAGGAGGACCUGCUAGACGGGGCCAUUCUCUACGGCCUCAAUGGCAGCCUCAGAACCUGUGACACCCUGAUCUUCUCAAUGGAAGUGGGGCCAGUGCACACGGAUCCCACGCUACAAGUGACCAUUGCCCUAGAGGGUCCACUGGCCCCACUGAAGCUGGUCCGGCACAAGAAGAUCUAUGUCUUCCAGGGAGAGGCAGCUGAGAUCAGAAGGGACCAGCUGGAGGCAGCCCAGGAGGCAGUGCCGCUGGCAGACAUCGUAUUCUCAGUGAAGAAGCCACCGAGUGCCGGCUACCUGGUGAUGGUGUCUCGUGGCGUCUUGGCAGAUGAGCCACCCAGCCUGGACCCCGUGCAGAGCUUCUCCCAGGAGGCAGUGGAUGUGGGCAGGGUCCUGUACCUGCACUCCUGCCCUGAGGCCUGGAGCGAUGCCUUCUCACUGGAUGUGCCCUUGGGCCUGGGUGCUCCCCUCAAGGGUGUCCGCGUGGAGCUAGAGGUGCUGCCUGCUGCCAUCCCACUGGAGAUGCAAAACUUCAGUGACCCCGAGGGUGGCAGCCUCACCCUGGCCCCUCCACUGCUCUGUGUCACCGGGCCCUACUUCCCCACUCUCCUCGCCCUCGGCCUGCAUGGGGCCCUGCAGAAGGAGGACGGACCUCAAGCCAGGACCCUCAGCGCCUUCUCCUGGAGAGAGGUGGAAGAGCAGCUGAUCCGCUACGUGCACGACAGGAGCGAGACACUGACAGACAGUUUUGUCCUGAUGGCUAACGCCUCCGAGAUGGACUGCCAGAGCCAUCCUGUGGCCUUCACUGUCACCAUCCUGCCUGUCAAUGACCAACCCCCCGUCCUCACUACAAACACAGGCCUGCAGAUGUGGGAGGGGGCCACUGUGCCCAUCCCUGCGGAGGCCCUAAGGAGCAUGGACAGUUACUCUGGGCCUGAGCAUCUGGUUUACACCAUUGAGCAGCCCAGCAAAGGGCGGGUAGUGCUGUGGGCAGCGCCGGGCACCAAGGUGCACAGCUUCACGCAGGCCCAGCUGGACGGCAGGCUCGUGCUGUUCUCACACAGUGGAGCCCUGGAUGGAGGCAUCCACUUCAGCUUCUCUGACGACAAGCACACUUCCUCUGGACGCUUCUUCCGAGUGAUGGCCCAGAAGCAAGUGCUCCUCUCGCUAGAGGGCAGCUGGACACUGACUGUCUGCCCAGGGUCCGUCCAGCCACUCAGCAGCCAGAGCCUCAGAGCCAGCUCCAGCGCAGGCACUGACCCCCAGCUCCUGCUCUACAGUGUGGUCCUGGGCCCCCAGCUAGGCCAGCUGUUCCAUGCCUAGCAGGACAGCACAGGGGAGGCCCUGGUGAACUUCAUUCAGGCAGAGUGUGCCGAGUGGCUGCAUGCCCCAGAUCUGUGCUGCACGUGCCAGCCAGUGAGGCUGAUUGGGUCAGGCAAGUCCAUCCCAUCCUGA